UGAAAUCAUCUGCGCCCACUCUGCCUAGUGGGGUUUGUGGUUUUUUGGGGGGCUGCCGGAUCGUGGCCAUGCACGGAAACCGGGGGAAAAGCAGCUACAGCCCGUAUUCGGCCGGACUGCGGAGGAAAGUAUCGAAAGCCGGGGGCCACGUCUUGGAGACCGUCUCCAACCGAGCCAGCGUUUGGCUGAAGGAGCUGCCGCGCCGCGAUGGCCUGGACUCCUCGACCUCCUCCAGCCUGGCGGACCUCUCCGCGCCCACCCCGGCCGGCACCCUCAAGCGCCCCACCAGCCUCAGCCGCCACGCCAGUGCCGCAGGGUUCCCCCUCUCGCCGGCCGUCCCCCGGGGCAUGGGAAAGGCCGCCAAGGCCUACAGCCCCUGCGAUGGCGGCGAGGGCAGCCUGAUGGAGCCGGAGGAAAUCUCGCAACUGCUGGCCGAUGUGACCCGCUUGGCUGAGCCCCUGGAGAAGCUGCGGGACGUGGUUCUCCGGGAGGACGGGCUGGAGUCUCGCCGGGCGCUGGCCCACGAGAGCCUGGGGGACGCCUUGCGGAUCCUGCGACAGGUGGUCGCGAAAUACCCUCUGCUCAACACGCUGGAGACGCUGACCGCGGCGGGGACGCUCAUCUCCAAAGUCAAAGGUUUCCAUUACGAAUCCAACAUCGAAACUGACAAACGAGAAUUCGAAAAGGCCCUGGAGAUGAUCGCCGUUUCCUUCAGCGGCACGGUCUCCGAACUCCUCAUGGGGGAAGUAGAUAGCAGCACCCUUCUCUCCAUCCCUCCUAGUGACCACAACCAGUCGAUGGAAAAUCUCUACGGGGGAAUUCCUGGCCAAGGUGGCGAAGGGAUCUCAGACGGCAUGGAAGGUUUCACCUCGAUCCGUCUGUCGGCCGAAGAGGUGGACAUCCUCCUGCAAAGGUGCGAGGGAGGAGUCGAGGCGGCUCUACAUUACGCCAAGAACGUCUCAAAAUAUAUGAAGGACCUCAUGUAUUACCUGGAGAAAAGGACCGCCCUAGAAAUGGAGUUUGCCAAGGGUCUUCAGAAAAUGGUUAAUUCCUGCAAACAGACCAUCAGUCAGGAGCCUUUCAUGCCGUUUUUCUCCAUCUACUCCCUGGCGCUGGAGCAAGACGCCGAGUUCGGGGUCAACUCGCAGCAAGCGGCCGUCACCUUGCGGUCAGAAACAUUCCUGCAGCCGCUGGCAACCAGGCGCCUUGAGCAUGAAAAGCGUCGGAAAGAGGUCAAGGAGCAAUGGCACCGGGCUCAGCGGAAACUGCAAGAGGCGGAGAGCAACCUCAGAAAAGCCCGCCAGAUGUACAUGCAGCGCUCGGAAGAGUCCGAAAAAGCCAAGCAUGUGAUGGUGAAGGCGGAAGAGGAACAGCUGGGGUCCAGCGCGGGCGGCAGCACUGCGGCCACUAAAGCCCUCGACAAGAAGAGGCGACUAGAGGAGGAAGCCAGGAACAAGGCCGACGAGGCGAUGGCGACUUACCGGACGUGCAUCGCCGAUGCCAACACGCAGAAGCAGGAGUUGGAGGACACAAAAGUGACCGCCCUGAGGCAGCUCCACGAGGUGGUCAAGCAGAGCGACCAGAUCAUCAAAUCGGCCACUAUCUCCUUCUUCCAAUCCAUGCACAUGCAGACGGCUCCUCUGCCCGUCUACUUCCAGACGUUGUGCGAGAGCAGCAAACUCUACGACCCUGGCCAGCAGUACGCAUCACACGUCAAGCAGCUGCAGCGGGGAGACGAGCCCGAGACCCAGUACGACUUCGAGCCCUACGUCUCCAACAACAGCUGGUCUCCUCUGGCCCGGGCAAGAAAAAGCAGUUUCACCACCGGCGAUUUACCAGCAGCGAGCGGAUCUGAAGUGUCCGGCAAAGAGGCAGCGGUUUCGGAGGGCGAGGGAGCGCAGAGCCGGCCAGCCAACCCCGAGCGACGAGGUGGGCGGGGCCACCAGCUGCACAAAUCGUGGCCGACGGCUAUUGCGGAGACAAAGGGCAGCCUCGAAUCCGGUACCACCGCGAGCUCAGGUGGGUUCCCCCAGAAGUCCCAGGCAGUGCCGAGUAAUGGGACGUCUCCCGGAGACGAGUCGGACGGGAAUUCGCCUUCCUUUGAGCAAAGUAUCGACGACAUGGCCCCGGAGAUCUCGACACCCACCGGCCCUUUCCGUCACAUGGGCUUAUCCAAAGCUGCGCAGACCCAUCGUCUGAGAAAGCUGCGGGCACCUUCGAAAUGCAGGGAGUGCAACAGCUACGUUUAUUUCCAGGGAGCCGAGUGCGAGGAGUGCUACCUUGCCUGCCACAAAAAGUGCCUGGAGACGUUGGCCAUUCAAUGCGGACACAAGAAGCUCCAAGGGAAACUACAGCUGUUCGGAAGGGACUUUGCCCAGCAGAGCCGCCUCAGUUCCGACGGGGUUCCCUUCAUCGUGAAAAAGUGCAUCUGCGAGAUUGAGAGGCGGGCGAUGAAGACCAAGGGCAUCUACCGCGUCAACGGCGUGAAGACCCGCGUGGAGAAGCUGUGCCAGGCCUUUGAGAAUGGGAAAGAGUUGGUCGAGCUGUCCCAGGCCUAUCCUCACGACAUCAGCAACGUGCUGAAGCUGUACCUGCGGCAGCUCCCGGAACCCAUCAUGCCAUUCCGCAUGUACAACAGCCUUAUGGGGUUGGCUAAGGAGAGCCUUCAGGGAGGAGCCGAGGGCAGGCCUGGAAAGAGUAUCGCCGAGCUGGUGGACAGGGGGCCCGAGACCGAGAAGGUGGUUGUGGCGCUGGUGACGAAGCUGAGGGACCUUCUGAAGGAGCUUCCGCCGGAGAACUUAUCCACCCUAAAGUACAUCGUUCUGCAUUUGAGGAGGAUCGUCGAAGUUGAACAAGAAAACAAGAUGACCCCUGGCAAUCUGGGGAUCGUCUUUGGCCCCACGUUGAUGCGCCCGAGGCCCACGGAGGCCACCGUUUCCCUCUCCUCGCUGGUCGACUACCCGCAUCAAGCCCGCAUCGUCGAGGCCCUUGUAACCUUCUACCCUGCCAUCUUCGAAACCGGCGGCGCUUUGCCGGAAAGCCCCAAAGACGCGGUUCGGGAAGACGGUGAGGCAGCCGAGAACCAGGAAGAUGCAUGCCAGCCGUCGGACAACACAGACCUGUACCUCACAGUCUCCGCUGAGCAGGCAGAGGCUGCUUUUCACGAGGACCUGUACAGAGAAGACAGCACUCGUUUCAUCGAUUCAGACUCUGAUCCCGAAGACUCCGCAGAGGCAGGUAUCGAGGGGCCCCCGCGGCGCGGCAGCGAGACCAGCGGCGACGAAGAGACCCCGUCUGCGGACGAAGCCAGCGAGGAAGGGACACUGAACCGCACUUACAGCGUCGGUCAGUCGGACUCCGAAGACGUCUCUCCGUUGCAGCGCUGCCCGACCCAGGAGGAAGUGGAGGAAGAUGCGGUUUUCGGGAGAGAGGGCGACGGGGAGAGUGCGGAAGGGCAGGCAGGAAGGCCGCCGGAGGCUUGCAACACCAACCAGUCGAACAACGUGGCGUUUCCGCAACCGCCUUUCGGCUACAAGGUGUUAGAGUAGUUCCCCCAGCCUCGAAAACAGGAAUGAAAGAACGGUCCGUAUGCAUAGGAGCCGCCAACAAACAAAAGCCAAUUCCUGCAGUUCUUGGUGCCCUAACCCGCCUUUUCAACGCAAACCUGGUUAUCCUUUCGCCCAUUUUUGGAUCGGCCGCAAAACCGGAGCGUGCCGAGGUUUCCGUGUGGUUUAGCAGGCUCCCAACCUCUUUUGCACGAGCGGCGUGUUAAAAAGAACAGACCUAGAUACAACCCCGUCGCGAUAUUAUAUUUGCACCGUCCUGUCCUUGUUCACAGAGAUUCUCGGUUAUCUGCCAGAAACUACCAGAAAAGCAGCCCCUUUCAAAGUACUGAUUUGAAGGGCCUUCACUUUCGCAAAGCAGAACUCUUUUUUUUGUUUAUUUUGCUAUGGAUUAGGGUUGGGGUUUUAAAUGCCAGCCCCUUCAGCUAUGUCACUGUGUUGUUUUAAAAAAAGUCAGGGUACAAACUGACCGUGGGGGAGGCUUGCUGGAUUACGAGGUACUCAAAAGGUUGUGAUCCACGCUUUCCGGGAAUCAAGUGCCGCUGCGGACUUGCUACUGAACAGAUAAGCGCCGGAUUGCAGCCUGCUGGCGACAGUUGCA